ACAAAACAAGCUGCCCAGCCAGGCCUAGAAGUAACAGGACUGGAGUGAGCAGCACAAAAGCAGCUCCUUUGUUGGCCCGCGGCUGCAGCAGCAUCGCAACCAACUGGCUCUUGCCUCUCCGCCUCUCCCAAGUGCACCUGGGCUUGCCUGGCCCUGCCCAUUAGCGGCACAGCCUGCCUUGCCAAGAACUGUGCAGGUGAGAGAUCUGGAGCCUGCAGAGGAGAUCCCAGGAUCAACUGCAGCCGUCCAGUUUGCGAGGAGAAGGGCAGCUGUCAGCAAAAGUGCUUAGUAAGGCUGCUGUCCGCCUGACCUCCAAAGGAGCUGAGCCCCUGGGCAAGGGCUUGGCGCCCCACCUCAUCAUGGCAAAGGAUGGGGGCUGCUGCCAUGCCUGCACCACCUGCCUGCUUUGCCUUUACAGCUGCCGCUGGCCUCGCAGCAAAAAGGGUAUGAAGACCAGCAAGUGCGACUGUGCCUGGUUUUUCUUCCUCUUCUGUGUGUGUCUUUUCACACUGGCCUGGCUUUAUCUUGCCCUCGUCACCCUCAACGACUUCCACAUCCUGAAUGAAUUUAUCUUCCAUAAGUUGGAGUGGUGGCUUGAUUGGUCUGUGGUGAUGCUGUCUGGAACAGUGACUGUGGUCACCUACUCAUCCCUCUUGCUGGUUCUGGCACUCAUUCUACAGUUUUGCCAUCAGCCUUUAAAGAUCCACUGGCUGCAUAAGGUUCUGCUAAUCUUGACUGUGCUUAUAGUAGCAACUGCUUUUGUGGGAUUGGAAAUUCAGUGGGCAGAGCAGUGGGAAAGCGCUUAUAUUGCCUUACAGGCAACAGGCCCCUUCCUACACAUUGGAGCUGUGGUUGGUGUGACGCUGCUUGCCUGGCCAGUGGCAGACUGCUUCUAUCGUACAUCCCGCUCAGCCAUCAGAGUACCACUUCUGCUACUGUAUCUCGGAACUGUGAUUGCUUUGUAUCUGGUUCCAUUGGGCAUUGAUUCUCCCUGUCUUUUGGAGCAUAGCCAGCUACCCCCCAAGCCAGCUCUGUUUGGGCAUCGUGGGGCUCCCAUGCUAGCACCUGAGAACACACUGAUGUCCUUCCAGAAGGCCCUCAACUGUGGUGUGCAUGUACUGGAGACUGAUGUCCUAGUGAGUGCUGAUGGAAUCCCUUUUAUCAUGCAUGAUGAGAAGCUCACCCGGACAACAAAUGUGCAAGAACUCUUUCCUACUCGGGCCCAGUCCAAUGCCAGUUCCUUCAACUGGACAGAGCUGCAGCAACUGGAUGCUGGCAGCUGGUUCCUGCAGAACUCCCCCUUUUUGCCAGCGCAGAGCCUCUCAAGCUCAGAACAGGCCAUGGUGCACAAACAGAAGAUCCUAUCUCUGAAUCAGCUGCUGGGAGAGGCUGCGAGACACAACAUAUCCGUCAUGUUCGACUUGCGGCCUGAGGAGGAUCCCCAGUACGAGCACUUUGUCAACAUUACUGUAGAGACCAUUCUCCAAUCAGACCUCCCCCCCGAGCUGAUUCUGUGGCUACCAAAGGAGUUUCGAGAGAAGGUAAAGCAGCGGGCACCCAAAUUCCAGCAGAUCUAUGGCCGGAAGAGGCUGAACAAUGAGACAAAUGAGUCGCUAUACGUCAACCUACCUUACCAAAAUCUGAGCAUCUCAGAAAUCAGGGAAUACCGCCGUGACAACAUCUCUGUCAACCUGUAUGUGGUGAAUGCUCCAUGGCUGUUCUCCGUCCUGUGGUGUGCAGGAGCCAGCUCAGUCACUACCAAUGCCUGCCAUGUGUUGCAGAAGAUGGAGCACCCCCUCUGGAUGCUGCCUCCUGCCACAUACCAAAUGAUCUGGAUUGUUACCAACUGUGUCUCCUUACUGCUGAUUGGCUGGGCCUUCCUGCUGCUGAAAAGAUGGUCCCGGAGAAAAGAGUCAGCAGGUUCUGAUUCAGAUGUGCUGCUGACAAAGAUCCACAGCCUUCUGUCUGAGUGAAAGGGAAGUAGCGUGACGAGAUCUUCAGGUCCUGCCUCCCAUGACUGGCUUUGAGGCCCCUCUUCCUUGAAAUACCCUCAUGGGGCUUAUUGUGGUCUUUCCUCACUAAAUCCAAGAGCAGUGGCAUUGGGGUUGCCUUGAACCAGAACAAACUGGACUCCUGUAUUUCAAUCUGUACCUUCCCCUGUGGGGCACAGUUGGGGGACUUUGCAGGUAUUUGUUCACCCCAGUAGAUUUAUACCAUCCAUCUCCUCGAUGUGAGAACCGAUAGGAUUUUUUUUCCACUGUGGCUGAAACAUUUGUAAAUAAAGCAUCCUCUGUGGGUUAGAGGUGAAA